GUAAACUCGAAUUCGAGAUUGUCUAUGCAGCAAAAAGCACCCACUGAAGCCAUUCUAUUGGAUUUUUUGUGAGUGAAGAUUCAGAGGACAUGAAGAUGGAAGUGCCGCUUUAUCGUGUCUGGGAAAAAGAGCGUUAGAAAGAGCAUCCCAUGCUCACAGCAUUUGAGUGGUUCCGAUUACCGGCUAUUAGGCACUUUAUUACGAAGGCCGCGGGAGUCAACAUGAAAAGCUCAAGUGGAAUAGGCGGAGUAGGAGGUGAUUCUGGUUCGCGCAUGGGCAUGCUGCGUAGCUCCUACUGUGCGACGUACGCCUUGCGGAGUUUGGUGCACAUUUUUGCGUUACUCACUGCAUCAAGUACUAGGUAUCAUUUGCUAGGCGCAUCCGCCCAAGCUAGCGAGAAAAAGGUGUCCGUCAGGGAAAGUUUUUUUGACUCACCGAUUGAGAAAUUGGAAUGGGUAGGAGCAAAUAACGAAGUCACGCUUGCACUCACGAAAAACGGUCGACUCCACCGCAGCGGCGACGGCGGAAUAGCAUGGGAGGACAUUACCCCGCAAAUCGCUGCGUUAUUAUGUAAUCAAUCUAUUAAAGCACUUGAUCUAGUACUCUUCUGAGUGUUUCUCACUCGCGUAGUAGAGACUCAGCCUAAUUCAUCUACCUGUCGACAAGCAGGGUUUAGUUGGGAAAUCGGCAUGCGCAAGCAGACGGGAAGAAGUCCUCUCAGCAGGCUAGAAGAAAUCCGUUCCCUCCCUUCAUAGUUCGACACUGAGCGCGGCAGGGCGAGUGCCGCGGAUCUGACCUUCGACACCUACGUGGUGCAUCCCACGAGCAAAACCUACGUACUGGCGGUAGGGUCCACGAGGUCACACUUCGUAUCUGCCGACUCUGGCAGAACUUGGCGCAAAUUGCGGCACAGAUCGACGAUCCAUGCCUUUACUUAAGGGCAAUCACAAGUAGUAUAUUGAAGGUUGUUCGUUUCAUUUCCUGUCUCUCGUCUCAAACGGAUUUAACAUGCCCAUGCACUUGUACCGGACUGACAGCCAGGGGAUCUCCAAUCAAAAUAUGAUUAAUAUACUUCCAGGAUCUGAAGCGAGAUGUUUCAGGUCGCCAACGAUCCGCAAUCUGGCGAGAGGGCUUCUAAUUUUCAUUCCAUCAGACGAGGGGCAACUGGGCGCUUCUCACAUCAUGGACCGAGAGCUGCAAGGACAAAAGCGUAGCCGGACCUUGCGUUCAUAAUCUCUUUAUCACGAAAGAUCUGGGUACUAUUUUUUGUAGCAAGUAGAAUGAUUUUGCAAAUUUGGCACAUAGGAGUUAUAAUUGACGUUCUUCCGCCUACCCCUACGAGUAAAAAUGCGAGGGGUGCCCUCUUCUACUUAUAAUAUAGUGAGCUCCCGUGUACGGUGAAGAUUCACGCUAUAUUGAUGGUUGGUUUGAGAGGCACAACCGGAGAACGGCAGAAGUAAUCUCCCUUUUUGCAGGUGUGACGUUUAACUUGGUGACAUCGUAUGUUGUGCAGUUUGCAUGGGGGGAGCAAGAAAGCAGUCAAGAUCGGAUCUUCUUCUCACAUUUUAACCAAAAGAGUGGAAAUCAGCCGAAACUUUUGGCGUGGUCUUCGGGUGUGGAUUUUUGUAGCACCGACGACUUUGGAAAAAGCUACACGACUCGGGUAUCAGGCGGCAAUAAAUUCGGGUUGUUCCCAAAUUACAUUUUUGUAGCCAAGCUCGACAACGCAGCGACGCAGAGUGUGGCAUUACUGGUAUCAACCGAUGGCGGAGAGCAAUGGGGACAUGCGAGAAUAGGAGAACCAUGUACUACUUACUGCUGGCGCAGUACUGGAGUAGUAUGUCAUGCGAACAACUCUGUCCCUCAUUUCUACUGGAAAUAAUCUUUCGUUUUUGUGGUCUAAGGUCUACUUGCCAAUUUUUACUAAUUUACGAUCCUGCUGUUGCUGCGUAAUUAUCUGAUUGAUCUCAACAUCGGAGUUUACUGUAAGUAAUGAGUUCGUCAUGUUUUUUCGAAUUUUUCGUUCUCAGUGGAGGAGAAGUCGUACACGAUACUGGAUACGAGCGAGAAUGCGGUUGUUAUCCAUGUUAAUCACGGACAUGUGAACGACGUCGAAAUCGGACACAUAUACGUGUCAGACCAGAGCGGUUUGCGCUAUAUAAAGUCUUUAUCAGCAAACAUUCGCUCUGCGGACGGGACAUGUGAUUUCGAUCAUGUAGGUGGGGUUGACGGCGUUUACAUGGCGAAUCAACUGGAGACAGACAACCAGCAUGAGACUUCCGAAGGAGAGGACGCGGAAGAAUCGACAAACAUAGCAGGUGGAACAGCAGGGAGGGGAAGAAAAGUUAGGCACCCACUUCAUCUUUGUUGAUGUUUUACGUAUAUUUACUAGAGCUGCUUUUUCUACGCAGGUCCAGAGUAGGGCACUGUGUAAUUACGAAGUAAAUGCUCGAUUCUACUAAUGACUGCCAUGAACACAAUUCGGCAAGGCAACUGUUUAUCUGAAUGGUAUAUUGCAGGUACAUUUGAAACCUUCAUCUCUUCUUGGUGACAUUCUUCUAAGCAUCCAGGAAAGAGCGAGUCUCGCAUCCGCACAGUCAUAUCUUUUGAUAAGGGGGGCAGCUGGAGCCGCAUUACUCCACCAGAUUUCGAUUCCCUAGGACAGCGAAUUACGUGCCAGACGGCAGAGUGCUCAUUGCAUUUGCAUGGGCCUACAACUCUAGUGAGUGCCAGCAAUUUUGUCCCUUUUUAUUCGAUGCCAAGUGCAGCAGGAAUAAUUUUGGGAACGGGCAAUAUUGGGCAAUACCUGCGCACCGAAGACGCAAAUACGUAUUUUCUUAGGUUUCUUUCUAAUUCUAACAGAAAGGCAAAAAAAGGCCUAAGAAGCACGCUGUGGUGUCCUUAGGAAAACUCUCUUAUCUAGUAUUAACCGGUUUUUUUAAUUUCAACUUUUUCAUCAAUAUCCUCAGAUACAUUUCGAUUGAUGGAGGUUUGACUUGGAUAGAAGCGCACAAACGGCCGUACAUAUACGAAAUCGGGGAUCAUGGUGGUCUGUUGGUGAUGGCUCCAAGCACGAAGAAGGCGCGUGAGGUGAUCUUCAGCUGGAAUGAGGGUACUUCUUGGUUCGAGUUUGAGUUAUCGCGAACGCGGAUGGAGGUAGACAACAUUGUCACGGAGCCGGACAGCGUGUCCACGUCGUUUCUGGUUCACGGGACGCGUGGCACGAGCGGAAUCGUUUAUCACCUCGACUUCGGCUCUCUUGGAAUGCCGACGUGCGCCCACCCGGAAAGCGCGGGAUCUGUGAGCAGUGAUUACUACAAGUGGACUCCAUCUGACGGUCGCACAAGAAAAUGUCUCCUUGGUCGCGAGCAGACAAUCAUACGCCGCAAGCCGACGGCCGAAUGCUUUAAUGGCGAAAAGUUCGAGCGACCUGUCUUCGAGCGCAAUUGCGAGUGCAGGCCGAUCAAUUACCAAUGUGAAAUGGGUUUUACAAGACCAGUGUUGAACGACCUCGGCAGCCAGUCGGAUCCCUUGCCCUGUGUGUUAGACAACGCAGACCUCGCAACUCCGGAAAAUUGCGAUGUGUAUGGCAAGAGUCCUGUAAUCAAGUCUUAAAACAUCACGAGAGCAACGAUCUAAGUGCAAAAUACAGAUAGAAAUUGAGUGGCAAGUCGAUUUCGCAAGACAGACUUCUAAGAUGGAGGGCGGAUGGUUUGGGUGACCGCCUACCGAAAAACACCAGGCGACACGUGUGAAGCUGGGUGGCAACCAGAGCAGGUACAAAUAGCGUGUCCGGCCGGGCGGUCAUCGUGGGCAUCUUCACCCUUUCUGAGGCUUGUUAUGCAGAUCAUUAGUAUCCAUUCCGAGUAUUAGGUCGUAAUUCGUAUCCACAUCAUUGAUGCUAGAUUAAAGAAAAACAUGCUCGUCCUUGUUCGCCAUGGCAUGAUGUGGCUGCGCAUUUGCAAGUCAAACGCAAAAGUACGUGGCAUUUUUAGCAUUAGUGUCCCCUCUGUGGUUCAUGUCGGUCUCCAGCACCAUGCACUAUGGGAGUAGCACCUAAUAUCCCUCCUUUGUUCUUCAUUUCGCCGGUGAUAGGUUUGGUGUUGUAUUUCUUUCGCUGGUCGCGGGACGCGGUCACCGUCAUCUGCAGACAGCUUUAUUACAAGAUUCGGCGGACGAUGGAGGCGGACAAUCGAGUAGGUUUUGAGAACAUUAAGUACGGACAGAUCAAUAGUAUGGACGCUUCUCCCGAAAAUGCGCUCGAGUCUGUCGGAGAUAGGUGGGAUGCUGGGUAAUGAACUUUAACUUCUUCUGUUCAAUGAAUUGUGCUUUAGUUCUUUUCGGUUAGUCUGAACAUCGACAGUCCUGUUCUUCUCCUGCGGAAAAGGAUUUUCUUUCGCGUUGAUAUGACCAACGAAUGCUCGCUUUUACAAGUUGUUCGUGUUUUUAGCUUCAACGAUGUUCAUAUGCUUCUGCAACAGCAACGAUAAUUCUCCUACGUUCUAUAACAGGAACGAUGAGGAUUUUUUGAACGACGAAGGGUUCCAGCAGAAUGCGCCGGCUCUUAUGCAAUACCUACAGGACGAGUCGCCGAUAAAAAUGAUCUCAGGAGGACUGGAGACGGCGGCAGAAAGUAUUCCGCGGUUAGGAGCACCCUCAACAAGCAGAGAACGGAAUUCACCGCACAAGAUUUCGCUCACUGCAGGUCUCGAGGAUUUUGAGCCGUCGGAAAAGUCUUCGUUUGAUGACCUUUUGUAG